AUGCCCUCACCCCCGAUCCAAGUCUUCCUCACGACGAUCGCAUCGCAGGUCGUCGUACGGAAGCGCCAAGAAUAUAUUCUUCGCAUCCUCCAAACCAAGAAGAUCCCAUAUACCUCGUAUGAUCUUGCCUCUGACGACGAUGCCAAACGUUUGUGGAGGCGUAAGGCCCCGCCUGAUAAGCAACAGCUUCCAGGUAUACUCGUAGGCGGCAGAUUUAUUGGGGACUUUGAUGCCUUCGAAGAAGCUGUCGAAACCGAAGGGCUGGCUGGCUUCUUGCGGCUAAAUGAAAGCUGGGACAUUGCCAUCGACGAAGACCGUCCGGCGCCCGAGGUCAAACCCGUUGGUGUGCCCGGAGCCGUCCCCAUCGCGCAAAUGACGCCCGAACACCACAAGCCCCGAUUCUUCCCCCGCGACCCAGAUACCCCACUGAAGCCAGUGAACAAGCACGAGGGCUUUGAUGUGAGCACGGAGCUGGAGGGGUAUGGGUUGCAGGGCGUAAGGGUAACCGAUGACGAUUUGAGGUUGUUGGUUGAAGAGCUUGGGCUCGAGGGAGAUGAUGCAGAGGAUAUGGUGAAGAGCUUGGGUGGGAAUGGGAAGGGUGCUCCCCAGAAGGGUGGUGAGGGUGACGAAAAGGCGAAGGCGAAGGAAGCAACGACAAGCAAAGACACUAAGAACGCGAGCGCGACAAAGGAAGACAACAAAUGA